GCGGGGUUCGCCCUUUCCCCCCGAGUAUGACUCCUGGCUGACGCACUUUCUCGGAAGGUAUAUAUUAGGUGACAACCGCCUACAUCUAUUUACCCCUCGGCUUAUUCUUUCGUUUUCUCCCGCGGGGAAGCCUGGAUCAGUGUUUAGCACCCGACAACAAUCAUGUUGAUUGGUAACAUCUACGUGAUUGCGGGCGUCGCCGUAGUCGGCGGCGGCCUGUUUGGCUUCGACAUCUCUUCGAUGUCCGCCCAGCUCAAUGAGAACUCCUACCUAUGCUACUUCAACCAGGGUCCUGAAGGACCCCCCUUCAACGACAGUGAGAAUUGCUCUGGCCCCACCUCCCUCAACCAAGGUGGUAUCACCGCGGCCAUGGCAGCCGGCUCUUGGCUGGGCGCCUUAAUUUCUGGUCCUCUUUCGGAUCGUAUUGGGCGUAAGGCGUCCAUCAUGACUGGUUGUGUGAUCUGGCUCAUCGGCUCAACGCUUAUUUGCGCCUCCCAGAACAUUGGCAUGCUUGUCGUAGGUCGGAUUAUUAACGGGCUCUCGGUGGGAAUUGAGUCUGCGCAGGUCCCCGUCUACAUUAGUGAGCUCUCGCCUCCUUCCAAACGUGGCCGCUUCGUCGGUAUGCAGCAGUGGGCGAUUACAUGGGGUAUUCUCAUCAUGUUUUACAUCUCAUAUGGCUGCUCAUUCAUUGGGGGCCAGAAGUCUUACAACUACAGCACGGCAUCCUGGAGAGUUCCCUGGGGUCUGCAAAUGCUUCCCGCCGUCUUCCUCUUUUUCGCCAUGAUGCUGCUUCCCGAGUCUCCGCGCUGGUUAGCACGGAAGGACCGCUGGGAGGACUGUCAUAGGGUCUUGGCUCUGGUUCACGCCAAAGGUGACAUGGGCCACCCCUUUGUUGCGCUUGAGAUGCAGGAUAUCCGGGAUAUGUGCGAGCUUGAACGCCAGUAUAAAGAUGUGACCUACUUUGAUCUGUUCAAGCCCAAGAUGAUCAAUCGCACCAUGAUUGGUCUGUUUAUGCAAAUUUGGUCGCAGCUGACCGGCAUGAACGUGAUGAUGUACUACAUCACCUAUCUAUUCGCUAUGGCUGGAUACACCGGCAAUGCUACAUUGCUUGCUUCCUCCAUCCAGUAUAUUAUCAAUGUGUUCAUGACACUUCCGGCUUUGAUCUGGAUGGACCGAUGGGGACGUCGUUAUCCUCUGCUCGUUGGCGCAGCCUUAAUGGCCAUUCUCAUGUAUGCGAACGGUGCCAUCAUGGCAGUACACGGUGUUGUUGUUCCUGGCGGCAUUAAUGGUGUUGCAGCCGAGUCCAUGCGGCUCCAUGGCGCUCCAGCCAAGGGUUUGAUCGCUUGCACAUACCUGUUCGUCGCAUCCUAUGCGCCUACAUGGGGUCCUGUGUCAUGGACAUACCCUCCCGAGCUGUACCCAUUGCGCCUACGUGGUAAGGGAGUUGCUCUUUCGACCUCGGGCAACUGGGCCUUUAACAUGGCCUUGGGACUGUUUACUCCCACGGCCUUUUCCAACAUCCGUUGGAAGACGUAUAUCAUGUUUGGAGUGUUCAACACGGUAAUGUUCCUGCAUGUGUUGUUUUUGUUCCCCGAGACGGCAGGCAAGACACUUGAAGAGACUGAGGCGAUGUUUGAGGAUCCCAACGGCAUCAAGUACAUUGGUACCCCUGCAUGGAAGACGGGAAUCAAGACCAGGCAGCUCGAGCAGUUGGAACAUGGUCAUGUGGACGUGGAGGCAAAGAUUGAAACGCGCCACGCGGAGACAUCUGAGACUGUCCACAAAGCCCAGGAGGAGACAGCGUGAGCCGAAUAGCAGUAUUAGGUAUGGUGUGAGGGGUGGAAUGUGCAGGCGAACCGGAUGGGAUACCCUUUGAUUUUGAGCUAAUGCGUUGCUUGAGUGUCCAAAGGUCAUGGUUCAUACGAAGAUGCAGAAUAAUACGAUGGGCAAGCCCUGCGCAAGAUGGUAAUUUAGCUCUAGUUAUACGGGGAACUCACAGUAUGAAUUAUGUCAAUUCGAUC